UCCUCCGAUAAAAAGCUGCACCGUAGAGCUUUCAACUUUCAUUGUGAGCCAAAGAUGGCUGGCAGUGACGCAGUGUACAAAUCAAGCGCCAGCACGGAAGAAACACCCUUAGUGUCUUCUUCGAGACCGAUGAGCCAAAAUGGAUAUCCUGGGAAGCUUCAACCCUGGCCGCGCCCACUGGUGGUAGCCCUGUGCAUGUUGGGCCUCUGGCGACCCGGGGCCCUCCAGCGCGCCUCUGGCCAAGGGGGAAAGUGCGGCCGACGGCCACUACCCCGUGUCUACUCCCACCAGCCAAGCAGCGCGCGUUCGGUAGACUGCAUCGGGAAUACCAACGAUAUGUCGAGCGCAGUACACAGCGGCGAGGGACCGGCUGAGGUUAGUGGGAACGAUGAAGCUGAGCAGGUCUGGUUGAGCAGGGGUCAGCUGAGCUGGAGUCAGAGCGUUGGAAAUGAGGAGUGCUACCUGGAUGGCACGCAGUGUGAUAUAUGUAACAACUAUUAUGGUGCAUUUCAUACUUCAGAUGGAAAGAUCAAGACUCUUCUCUGCAAUGGAGUGAUGUUACUUUACCUCUUAACCUUGACUGGCCUCAUGGCCUACGACUUUGCCAUCUACAUCAUAGAGUUCUGGGGCAGAAAGCAAAACGUCUUGUUCCUGGUCUCCUACUUCACCUACCUUUUCCAGGUACUCGUGGUCCCGAUGUUUGGUCUGCUGACCCGCUUCAUGGCCUGGGCUCAACUUCUGGUUGCCGAAUGCACCUGGGCCGCCCUGCACAACGACUUCGUCUUCCAACGCUCGCAGUUUCUGCGGGCGGGAACGGGCGCCGCCUCCUUCCUUAGUCUUGGCGUCUUCCUGGUCUGGCCAACCUUUAACGGCGUAUUGAGGAUCGUCUACGGCGACGUGUACCGACCGGUCUGGAACACCCACGCCUUCCUUAGCCGCUGGACCGCCUUGGCCUCUUACGUCGUCUACGGCUCGUUCUGUUAUCUCGUCUACGCCCAAAGGAGAUCGUUCCAGAAUGAGUUCCGGGUGGCGGCACACUUUGUAGCUAGCAACGCGCCCAGGGGAGACGCGGGGGUGGAUGUGUCCAAAGACCGACUGUCUAGCACCUAUCACCAGUAUCGCCUCGUGAGAAACUUCGUGGGCACCUGGAUGGCUUUUACUAUGGCUGUGGCGACCUGGGGGCUGACCGCCCACCUAACCUGGAACUAUAUCAUCUUCACCUACUGCAAUUCCAAUCAAGUGGCUGGGCUGCCCGUGCUCAACUUGCUCAUCUGGUCGCAGAAGAUCAUGUUCUUCGUUCUGCCCUCCCUGGCAGUCGGUGGGAUCAACAUGGAUUACAUGUGGAGGGAGUUCCGCUUCAUCAUGGCCAACCACAGUCGGCGUCGCUACAGCGCUUUCUGGCACGCGAUCAGGAAGCACCUGUCGAGCAUCAACCUCCUCGGGCAGGGCCUCAGCGCCACCCUCGUUUUCUCAGCCUUGGGUCUAUACUUGGGCCUGGAGCUUGGUAACAGUGCACAGAAUGUGGCCUUCUGGAACGGCCCUGGAGAGUUCCACAUGUUCAACAUCAGUAUGUUCUGCGAUUUUAAGCAUAAUUAAUUUUUUUUAACCCUAAAAGUGUAAGGUAUGGGACUGGGUCGGGGGGGGUUCUGCCCCCAAGAACUUGGUUGUCCUUGCUUAGUUUUUUUGAAACUUGGUAUCCAUAUAAAGACACUCUUUAUCAUUUCAGAAUGCGAAGUUAGACCUCUGACGCAUGGUUUUGUUGUUGAGCUCAUUUGAAGUUCAAGAGUACACGCGUGCCAGCCCGCGUGCAUUGAGCACCGCAGUGAAAAAAGCUGAAAGUGAAAAAAAAAAGUUCGAUUGUCGCAAACUUCUUGUCAAAACGACCAAAAAAAAGUUACUCUAAAACACCUAAAGGCUCAAUCCCUAACAUAAAAAACUGCGGCAAUAUGGACAAAAUGUCUUGGACGGAGGGGGCGGACUCCCCCUGCUCUUUUAGGCUUAUUAGGUUUCCAGCAGACUUUACACACUCGGGGCUAGAAGCCCCGGUCGGCAGGUCCCUUAAAAAAUAACCGAAUUCUAAAACUUAAGAACAUUUCCUGAGCUAUAUUUCCAUAAAAUGAUUUUAUUUUCAACUACGUACGUUGUUCUGUGUCUUUGAGCUUAUUGUAAAUCUCUCAGAGGGUCUAUGCUAGUUUUCAUACAAUUAUCCACCUUUUGAUAUUGACCUUUAGGUUCCAGCUAGUUAACCAUAAUUAUAGACCUUUUCACUAAUAAAUUCAUAAUUGUGGGCGCAUGCCCACAAAUGGCCUUCGUAGCAAGGAGUAUGAGCGGGCCAUUGAAAAUGUACACCAGUGCAACUUUGAUGAUCAUUUUCUCUCAGGUCUUCUGGCAUUGUUCGUUUUUUUUUUCUUCAGAAAAUCCCAUUAAAUCAUUUUUGCUAUUAGUUCCUAAUCUAAGGCGGAUUUUAGUGCUCUGUAGA